AGGAGGAGGAGGCGGCCUAGGCCCCGGAGGCGUCCAAGAUGGCGGCGGCGAGCGAGCGAGCAGAGGAGGCAGCGGCGAGGGUGCUGAGGGAAACGACGACGGCUGCUGCUGCUGCUGCGCGAGGAGGUCACAAUGCAAGAACUAGAAAACUGGUUUCUGUAGAAUUUUGACAGCAUUGAAGUAUUAACAAUGGAUAAAUGUAAGCAUGUAGGACGUCUUCGACUUGCCCAAGAUCAUUCCAUUGUGAACCCUCAGAAAUGGCAUUGCAUGGUCUGCAAUACUACAGAAUCUGUAUGGGCCUGCCUCAGUUGCUCGCAUGUUGCUUGUGGAAGAUAUAUUGAAGAACAUGCACUAAAGCACUUUCAAGAAAGUAAUCAUCCAGUGGCAUUGGAAGUGAAUGAGCUGUAUGUUUUCUGCUAUCUUUGUGAUGACUAUGUCCUUAAUGAUAAUGCAACUGGUGACCUAAAACUCUUGCGAAGUACAUUAAGUGCAAUCAAGAGUCAAAAUUAUGACUGUACUACUCGCAGUGGCAGGACUUUGCGAUCGAUGGGCUCAAGUGAUGACCUUUCACAUAAUAAUGCGCAAGCAGUGCUUCGUAAUCAAGACCGUAUGUUCACAGCUCUGUGGCACAGGAGACAUGCAUUAAUGGGCAAAGUGUUUAGAUCUUGGUUUGAACUGACACCAAAUGGAAAAAGAGUUCUGGAAGAAGAGAAGCUAAGGGAAGAGGCAGAAGAAAGACGAAUUAAUGCUAGGAAGAGAAGAGAAGAGCGAAAGCGGCAGUUGAAGGAAGAAAUGGAAAAAAUGCCUCCAAGGAAGAGCUUUCGUUUGCAGAAUCAAAAUAGAAAAUCCUCAACAAUUCCACGCUGUGCACUAAAAAUGUCACAAAAUGUAGACUCUCCUGUAGAGCUGAAAAUAACAGCUACCUCAGAUGAAGUAAAAUUAAAAAAAAUUAAUGACUCUCCAAUGAAAAGAAGGCCUACUAUGACUCCUGGUGUAACAGGAUUGCGAAACUUGGGAAAUACGUGCUAUAUGAAUUCUAUUCUUCAGGUAUUGAGUCACUUGCUCAUAUUUCGGGAAUGUUUUUUAAAGCUUGAUUUGAACCAAACUCAAGAGUUGUUAGCAGCUGCAGCUAAUGGCAAAACAAGAUCAUCUUCUAAGCAUCCUCCAUCUCCUGGCUCUAUUUUUCAUUUGAACAAAAGCCAUAUUAAAGGCAAGGCAUCUUAUGCAAGGCGAACUAGUGUGUCAUCCGGCUUAAGUGGGGGAGCAUCAAACAGUAGAAAUAUGGAACUUAUUCAACCAAAGGAGCCAAGCUCAAAGUACAUCUCUCUUUGUCAUGAGCUGCAUACUUUGUUUCAAGUGAUGUGGUCUGGCAAGUGGGCUUUGGUGUCUCCUUUUGCCAUGCUCCAUUCAGUAUGGAGACUAAUCCCAGCCUUUCGUGGCUAUUCCCAACAAGAUGCUCAGGAAUUUCUUUGUGAACUUUUGGAUAAAGUACAGCAAGAACUGGAGACAGCUCGGACAAAAUGCCCAGCCCUCAUUCCCACUUCUCAAAGGAAACUCAUUAAGCAGGUUCUGAACGUGGUUAAUACCAUUUUUCACGGGCAGCUUUUAAGUCAGGUAACAUGUCUUGCUUGUGAUAAUAAAUCAAAUACUAUUGAACCCUUCUGGGAUCUCUCACUGGAAUUUCCUGAAAGAUACCACUGCAAUGGGAAGGAGACAACCUGUCAGUAUCCAUGCAUGUUGACUGAAAUGCUGGCCAAGUUUACAGAAACAGAAGCCUUGGAAGGGAAGAUAUAUGCCUGUGAUCAGUGCAACACAAAGCGAAGAAAGUUUUCAUCUAAACCCGUUAUACUUUCAGAAGCACAAAAACAGCUUAUGGUAUGCCAGCUACCUCAAGUUCUGCGGUUACACCUUAAGCGGUUCAGAUGGUCAGGACGCAAUCACCGUGAGAAGAUUGGUGUACAUGUCACCUUCAACCAGAUACUAAACAUGGAGCCCUAUUGCUGCAGAGAAUCCCUGAAGUCCCUUGUUCCAGACUGCUUUCUCUAUGACUUGUCUGCUGUGGUGAUGCAUCAUGGAAAAGGAUUUGGAUCAGGACAUUACACUGCCUAUUGCUACAAUUCAGAUGGAGGAUUCUGGGUACACUGCAAUGAUUCCAAGCUCAACAUGUGCACUAUGGAAGAAGUAUGCAAGGCCCAGGCUUACAUUUUGUUUUAUACCCAGCGAGUUACUCAGGCAGUUAGGCCCUCUCCUGUAUCAGGUCUUGACUCACCAUCUGGAAGACAGCCAAAUACUGAGGUUAACUGUUCCAGUGCAGGCAGUAACAGCUAAUCCAAAGCAGAAAAUUGAGGUGUCAUUUGUACGUGAACUGAGACAAGUGCAGUAUUGUACUAAAUCUGUCUUGUGAAACAUUGUGUUGCUAGCCUUUUGUACUUUGUAAAAAAAUUCAUUUGGGGGAAAAUGUUUAGUAUAAUACUUUAUAUUGAUGGUAGGUAACUUCCCAAGUUACUAGGAUGUCUGUAUAGCUAUUUUUUUUAAAAAUGCCAUUUGAAUUUUAAAAAUCUUACCUCAAGCUGUUUUUCAGCUUUUCUAUAUUUUGAUGUAGGAUACAUAGAUGAGGAAUUUCAGUGAGCAAUUUUUAUGUUAUGCUGGAAUUUUUUAUAAAAAAGUGCAUUUUAUACAAUGUUCCUUGUGUUACCAUUACUUAUGUCUGAAGGAAUCAGUCUUGCUUCCACAAAAUUAAAACGUUUUGAUAACAAA